AUGGCAUCCAAGAAGACCGCUACCGAAAGAUAUAUGCAUCUCGACCAACGUGGACGAAUAAUUGCAGAAUAUGUUUGGAUCGAUGCAGCCGGCGAGACGCGUUCAAAAUCGAGGACUCUUGAAGAAGGAACCUACACUCCUGACAAUCUCCCAAUUUGGAACUUUGAUGGAUCUUCAACGAAGCAAGCACCAAUCAAUAAUACGGACGUAUAUCUACGCCCCUGCGCUGUGUUCGCUGACCCGAUACGCCGCUCCCCAAACAUCAUGGUUUUAGCGGAAUGUUGGAAUGCCGAUGGAACACCAAACAAAUUCAACUUCCGUCAUGAUUGUGCCAAGGUAAUGGAUGCAUAUGCCAAACAUGAGCCAUGGUUUGGACUUGAACAAGAAUACACUCUGAUUGGUAACGAUGGGCGACCUUUCGGGUGGCCAACUGGAGGAUUUCCGGCACCACAGGGCGAUUAUUAUUGCGGAGUGGGAUAUGGGAAAAUAGUCAUGCGUGAUAUCGUUGAUUCGCAUUACAAAGCAUGUUUAUAUGCGGGUGUGAAGAUUUCCGGAACCAAUGCCGAAGCCAUGCUGGGACAGUGGGAGUUUCAGGUUGGGCCGUGCGAAGGGAUCGAAAUGGGUGAUCAUUUAUGGAUAGCCCGAUUCCUUCUCACCAAGAUAGCGGAAGAUCAUGGGGUCAAAGUAUCAUGGCACCCUAAGCCAGUUGAAGGUGACUGGAACGGUCAAGGCCUGCACACUAAUUUUUCGACCAAGGGAAUUAGGGCUUCAGAAGGGAUGAAACUUAUUGAACAAGCAAUGGAGAGACUGGGCCCUUACCACUCGCAGUGUAUCGAAGAAUAUGGCGACGAUAACGACAAACGCCUUACUGGUCGUCACGAGACAGGCCACAUCGAUAUGUUUAGCUGGGGGGUCGCUGAUCGCAGUCGUUCUAUUCGGAUCCCCAGAGAAACAGCAACUAGAGGUUGUGGCUACUUUGAGGACAGACGACCGGCGUCAAAUGCAGAUCCGUAUCGCGUAACCAAAAUCUUGAUCACUGCUGCUCUUGGCGGAGCAUAG